AUGUCAUUUCUGACAAAUCAAAUUUUAUUUCCGGCUCCAACGCCACCAAAUUAUUCGUUGACAUCACACCCUGCUCAUCUGAUCUGGAUACCACAAAGCGACAGUACUCCCUCUAUACCAUGUUUAUAUUACCCAUCAUCCAGUCCAGCGGCCUCGGUGUUCCUUAUAUGGACUCAUGGAAACGGUUGUGAUAUUGGGAGUAUGCAUGAAACACUCGUCUACUACAGUAAACGACUGAAUAUACACUUAUUGGCUUAUGAAUAUCCAUCAUAUGGGCUCUGUCAAGGAUCACUCUCUGAAUCAUCGAUUGAUGCACACACACGUCAAGCCUAUCUGUUUGUUAAAGAUGUUAUUGGAUGGCCACAAGAGCGAAUUUUAUUCUAUGGACAUAGCGUUGGAAGUGGAACUGCGUGUCAAAUAGUAAGUUAAUAGAGUUAAGUGUAGGGAUUACUGCUAGUACCAACUAGGCAUGCACCAAGACGAAAAGUCUCGAGUCUCUAAAAGCUUCGGUACACGAACUUUAGUCUCGAUAUGACUGAGAUUUUUUUUUUUUUGGAUUAUGCGAAGGUUUAUUGACCACGCUCUGGAGCGCUUGCAAAAAUAAGAGAAUAUACAAAGAACAAUUAUAAAAAAGGAAUAAGACCGAGCAAACACACAGCGACAGACCCUCUAAGUCACGGACAAAAGGCUGAGUAUACAGAACACGGGAAAAAGAGGAACAACAAAAAAAAAAUAAUAAUAAAACCCGUAAAUGUUUCUUACUUCUGUUUUAACAAACAAACUCCAACCAUUUAACGAAGGAAGAUUCGCGCUUACGUAUCAUUUUUUUAACCCUUUUCAUACAGAAGAAGUGACCACACUUAGAGGAUCUCUCAUUAAGGUUUUCCCAAAAGAAUAAAACGUUAAAAAAGAAGGAUGAACCCAAAUCUGUUUCAUAUAACUUUGCCAACCUUUUAGAGAUAUACUUUUUUAUAUAAUGAACCAGGGUAGGUUCUUUUAUGACUUUAAAAAUAUCCUCAGCCUUUAUAAAAUGACAUCUGUAGAUAAUACGAAGACCCACUCGGUAUUUUCUAAGGAAUAAUUCUUGUUGCGUUAGUG